AUGGCCGCCUAUCUCAAUCAACGCAUACCUCACCCUCACAUUGCCCAUCCUCACCAUGGCAUCACCGUCUCACGAGCUGGAACACCUGCCCCUGAGAAGAAUGAGAAAUGCUCCGCGCCAAUUCCAAACGUCGCCGCCAAGGGCGUCCCAUUUUUCACACCUGAGCAAGAUCCGGUAGCUGGCAGCGCGACCGCUGUCCAAGCAUCCGGCAAUCCUGUUCCCAAACUUUUCACGCCUCUCAAAAUCCGUGGCAUCCAAGUGCCCAACCGUAUCUGGGUCAGCCCCAUGUGUCAGUAUAGUGCGCACGAGGGCUUCCAUACACCUUGGCAUAUCACCCAUUACGGUGGCAUGGCUCAGCGAGGGCCUGGUCUCAUCAUGCUUGAAGCUACUGCUGUUCAAGCCAACGGCCGCAUCACUCCGGAAGACUCAGGCAUCUGGCUUGAUGCACAUGUCGAUACUUUGAAAAAGCAUGUCGACUUUGCCCAUAGCCAAAAUGCCCUCAUUGGGAUCCAACUUGCACACGCUGGCCGCAAGGCUUCAACAGUUGCGCCAUGGCUUAGCUCUGGAGCCACAGCCACCGAGGCGGUUGGUGGAUGGCCAACUAACGUGGUUUCAUCAAGUGAUGAAGCCUUCAACGAGCAUUACCCCAAACCCCGAGCCAUAAGCCUAGCAGAGAUUGCACAGCUGAAGAGUGAUUACCUUUCCGGCGUGCGUCGAGCUCUCCUAGCCGGGUUUGAUAUAAUCGACUUGCACUUUGCCCAUGGUUACUUGGUCUCCAGCUUUCUCUCGCCUGCAGUAAACCAUCGCACAGAUCAAUACGGAGGAAGCUUUGAAAACCGUACGCGUCUCGCUCUUGAGAUAGUUGACGCAGUAAGGGAGGUUAUGCCCACGGACAUGCCCUUGUUUGUACGCAUCAGCGCCACCGACUGGCUGGACACAAACUCGGAAUGGACCGGCCCAAGCUGGACUGUGGAGGACAGCAUCAAGUUUGCCAAGCUCCUGGCCCAGCGCGGAGUUGAUGUCCUGGAUGUCUCGAGCGGCGGUAACCACUCACACCAGAAAGUCGUCGGCGGACCCGGAUAUCAGGCACCGUUUGCAAAGGCAAUCAAGGCUGCAGUCGGGGACUCUAUGCUGGUGAGCUCCGUGGGAAGCAUCAAGACGGGGCAAGUGGCACAGGAAAUUAUCGAGGGCAAAGACGCCGACGACACGCCGCUGGAUCUGAUUGCCGCUGGUCGAAUGUUUCUGAAGAACCCGGGCUUGGUGUGGCAAUGGGCAGACGAGCUGGGCGUUACCAUCAACAUCGCCCACCAGAUCGGAUGGGGUUUUGGCGGGAGGGCAAAGAAGACGGUAAAGCCCACAGUUGCUUGA